UUAUCCAUUGUUUGUGUAAUUCUAUGUACAGUCGUAAAAUGGCAGCAAGAAAUAGCUAGAAAAGGAGGCAUAUGCAUUCAAGUAGGCUCUGACGGAAAAUUCACAAAGUGUAGAGAAAAUAUAUUGUUUCUUUGAAAAAUGGUAAUAAAAUAUAAAUAACUGAAAUAAAACAGCAGCAAUCUUUGUACUAUAGAAUAUAAAGUCAAUGACAAAGUAAAAAUGGAAGAAGGAAAAGAUCGCCAAUUGCAGGCCUACAUUCAAUAUUUGAAUCAGGAUGUGGAAGAUUACGAUAGCGAGAGCGUAGUUUUAACCACAGAAGCAGUUGAAGCUUUGGCCGAUGUUGAGGCGGUCACAAAACAUCCCAGCGCCGAAAAUAAUGCCGAUGGUAAAGAUGGCACUGGCACCAUCAUCGUCGACGCUGAUGGCAACUACUAUUUUCAAUCUUCGAAAGGCACCGUAGAAGUGAAACCCAUUAAAAUGGAAAAUUCUACGAAGGUUAUUGCAACUAAAAGCGCUACCGUGGUCAGUACUGCAAAUCUACGCAUUAAACCAAAAACCUCUAGGGACUCAACCGCUGAAUCUACUAUUCUAGAGGAAUCCAGUCUUCAAUUAGACACUUUGGAAGCAACAAAUGAUGAUACCUUCAAUCAAUCUCAAACUAUAAUUGACAAUAAUGGUGAACAGUUAUAUGAACUGGAUCGCACCAGUGCUAUUGCCGACGAAGAAACAAACGCUGAAAUGUUGUCUUCAAUCCUAGUUAAACCACAAACGACAAUGACAGAAUCCGCUUACAGUUUAAGUGCAGCAAAUAUAUAUAAAUGUAACGAUUGUAAAUUUGAAACGAAUAUGGAAUACUUGUUAACUGAACACGUUGAGAAGAAAUGCAAGAACAUAGCAAAGUCGCAAGAAAAUAGCACCCCACGAAGUCCGUCGAAGGAGAAACGUAAAAAUAAUGCCGUGGAAGUUUUGACUGAUGAAAUAAUCACAGCGGCGAAUACUGUAAAGAAAGUGGCAAGUAACGUUAGUAAAGUGCGAGAGAAGACUACUAAAAAGGAAGAAAUCUAUGACUUCGAUGAGAAUGAAAUAGAAGAUUCAAAAAAUGCUGAUGGCAAAAACAAAUCGAAUGAAGUACCAACAACGGAGGCUUUUCUCAAACCUUUGGAUGCCGCUGCUAAUGCUGACUUGUAUAAAUGCACUCAUUGUACUUAUACCACUAAUAAAAAAUUCCUAAUGUCACGUCACAUGAAAUCUCAUUCAGACGAUCGUCCUUACAAAUGUUCAAUAUGUGAAAAAGGCUUCAAAACUAGUGCGUCAUUAGUUAAUCAUGUUAAUUUUCAUUUGGGCAAAAAACCUCACGGAUGUACAUAUUGCGAUAAAGCUUUUACUACAUCGGGAGAACUAGUUCGGCACGUGCGAUACCGCCACACGGGUGUUAAGCCUCAUAAAUGCACUGAAUGCGACUAUUCGAGUGUGGAAAUGAGUAAGCUUAAACGUCACAUGCGAUGUCAUACUGGAGAGCGUCCUUAUCAAUGUCCGCACUGUACAUAUGCCUCACCGGAUUCAUUCAAAUUAAAGCGCCAUUUACGCACCCACACCGGCGAAAAGCCAUACGAAUGCGAUAUAUGCAAUGCUCGUUUCACACAAUCAAAUUCUCUCAAGUACCAUCGAUUGAUUCAUUCAGUUAAUGAGAAGCCGGUUUUUCAGUGUCCUAUGUGUCCGACAACUUGUGGCCGCAAGACUGAUCUGCGCUUGCAUAUGCAAAAAUUACACAGCUCUGACAAAACAUGGCCAUGUAAUCGCUGUGGUAAAGAAUUACCAGAUCGUUACAGUUACAAAGUACAUAUUAAGACGCAUGAGGGCGAAAAAUGCUUUCGUUGCAAACUUUGUCCUUACGCUUCGAUUACUCAACGACAUUUGGAUUCUCAUAUGUUGAUACACACCGAUGAAAAGCCUUUCGUUUGCGAAAUCUGUGAAGUAGCUUUUCGUCAAAAGCAACUACUUAAUCGUCAUGUAAAUCUAUAUCACAAUGAGGAAUACAAGCCACCAUCAACGCGGGAGAAAGUGCAUGUUUGUCCACAUUGCAAUCGGUCAUUUUCCUUCAAAGGGAACUUGAUGCGUCACAUGGAAGUACAUGAUCCUUUUUCAAGGCACGAAAGUGAAAAACUGAAAUUGAAGCUGGGUCGUAUGAAUCGUCUAAAACCAGACGGAACCGUUAUACAAUAUUCCACAGACGAUCUGUCGGAUGGUGAACCAUUAUCAACGGACAUAAUUGAUACGAAAGCUACUGUAGAACAAGAAAUAACUUCGGAUGAGUAUAUGUUGUACCCGGAAGACGAUGAGCAACAAGGCGAAAUUCAAUAUUCCAUAUAUGACGAUUUCGAAGCAGAUGAAACAUUAUUAGACCAAAAGCCAAUUAUUAAAAUUGAAAAUGCUACCAAAGGUGACCAACAGCAACAAGCAAAGCAAUCGUCCGCCUUAAAAAAUAAAGAUAAAUUUAUCGAUUUGCAAGUAAACGAUGGACAGAACGUUGUUGUUAUAAAAGUAAUGCACGAUGAUGCGGAUGAUGGCAUUGACGAGAAUACGGAAGUAGAUCAAGACCAAGAUGAUGAAAUGGUUAUAGAUAAUAUGGAACAGGAUAAUAUUAAACGACCUGUUUUCGGUGACGACAAACAAUAUACGCACAAUAAUAGCUUUGGUUUUGUGGAAGAUGAUGAUGAUAAUGAUGAUGAUGACGAUGCCAAUGAAGAUAGCAAUAAGCAAGUCAUACAAUUAUUUCAUAUUGCUGAGCUUUAAAAUGGCUUUAGUGGAUAAUGCUUCUUUCAUCCUCCCUUUUUCGUUUUUCUUUUCAUACAUUCUCAGGUUAUAAUAUUUAGUAAUUUUUUAAAUUGUUUUUUCCGACUCUUACUUGCGUCCAUUCUUUGUAACGCAACUAGCAAUUUAUGCAAACCAUUAUCGUGAAAGCUGCAUAAAGUUGAUUUAUGUAACUCAAUUAGUACAUAUAUAUACUUUAAA